CCUUUCCUUCUAGCCAGCCUCUCACCGUAUACUCAACUUGCCUCUCCAUCACAACGCAAGUGAAAAUAAAAAAUGUCAGCAGUUCUUCUAUACACGGGGCUGGCGGUGCUGGUGGGCGUGAUCAUAGCCUUCCUCUCCUUCUACAAGAGUAAGAAGGGAAAAGAUGGAGACAAGCCCCGCGUCCCCAGACCCCGGCCGGCAGAGGAGGGGGCCGCCAGACCUGCCCAGCCCCCAAACAGAGUGGCCGCCAACCGCAAUGCCCCCAGGAUGAGGGCGGCCGCACAGCGCCACGCUGGAGGAGACUCGGAGGAGGAGGAGGAGGAGGAGGAGGCAGUGGGGGAGAACAUUGCACUGCCUGAUGGGAAAGUAGGCAAGAAGAAGCUGGCCAAACUACAAGCAAAGGCUGAUAAGAGAGUGCAGAGAGAGAUGGAGGAGAGAGAACGAGAGGAGAGGAAGGAGAGAAAGGAGAGAGAAGAUGAGGAGAGAAAGAAGGAGGAGGAGAAAGAGGCGGAGGAGGAGGCACGGAGGGAAGAGGAGGAAAGGAAAGCAAGGGAGGAGAAGGAGAGACAAGAAUUGGAGGAAUAUUUGAGACUAAAGGCUGAAUUUCAAGUGGAAGAAGAAGGAUUUGACGAACAGGAAGAUGAAGAAGAGAAAGAAAAAAAUCUACUUAGUAACUUUGUGUCUCAUAUUAAAGGACAGAAGGUGGUUGUGUUGGAAGAUUUAGCGGCAAAGUUUAAGCUGAAGACUCAAGAUGUGAUAACAAGAGUGACUCACUUGCAGAAGGAAGGAACACUGACUGGAGUGCUGGACGAUCGUGGAAAGUUCAUCUACAUAAGCAAGGAUGAACUGGAAGGAGUGGCCAAGUUCAUGAAGCAGAGAGGUCGUGUGUCUCUUGCCGAGCUGGUUGAGAAUUCUGCCUCCCUCAUAACACUUAUCCCCGAGAGUUGCCCUGCUAGUUAGUGUGUGUUUAGGGGUGUUAAAGGGUGUGUAGCAAUGUGUAGGGGGUGUCAGAGGGUGUUUAGGACUACUUAAGGGGUGUUUAGGGGUAUUUUGGAGUGUUUAAGGGUGUUUUGGAAUGUUUUAAGAAAGAAUAGGGUGUUUUGGGGAUGUUUAAGAAAAUUGGGGUAUUUUGAGGUGAUGGGAGUAUUUUAGGGAUGUUUUUGGGGUGUUGUAGGGGAAAGAAGGGAUUUUUUGGGGUGUUUAAGAGUGUUUUUUGGUAGAAUUAGGGAUGUUUUUGGGGUGUUUUGGGGUAAAAAUGAAUAUGGGGUGUUUAGGAGUAUUUCAGGGGUGUUUGGGGGUGUUUAAAGGGUGUUUGGGAUGUUUAAAGGGUGUUUAGGGUGUUAAAGAGUAUUUCAGGGGUGUUUUGGGGUGUUUUAAGGGUGUUUAGGGGUGUUUAGGGUAAAAUUAGCAUGUUUUAGGGUGUUUUAAGAAGAAAUUUGUAGUUUUAGGGGUUUUGGGGUAGAAUAGGAUUAUUUUAGGGUAUUUAAAGUAGACAAGGAUAUUCUUAAGGGUUUUAGGGA